AUGGCUGACCGAAUGCUUCGCCCUGAUGCGGCCAUCAUGUCGACAAUUUUUACGGAGUCGCAACCCAACUCCACCGAAAUUCUUGCCCACUCCUUCACCAACUGCACGUUCAAAGCCGAAUUUCCAAACCAUCCGGCUGUCAUCGUUCGAUUGGAAACUUCAAGCGGGUCACUAGCUGUUGUUUCUGCGAUUCAAGAGGCAGCUUCCCUCCAAAUCCCGACUUAUGUCCCCGAGAUACUCUGGUCUGGAAAAGUGGUGACGGCAAACCACGGCGAAGCAGAUUACGUGGUCACCAGAUUCAUACCGAACACUGUGACUCUAGAGUCUGUUUGGCCUUCUCUCAGCCUCACGGAGAAGACGUCUCUAAUUGAUGCUGUUGCAAACGCAGUCGAUAAACUUCAACAGGUCGACAUUUCACAUGCACUCCUUCAGCGAAUUUUUCCAAACACAGCCCUAGUUGACGACAAGAAGGACAUGAGUAUUGGAAGUCCAUUCCUUGGUUUCGCAAAGAGUGUUCGCGAGUUCAUCGCGCUGUUUGUCGCUCAGCAUCAAGCCAAGAGCUUCGCUACCUCUUCCACAAAGGACGCACUAGAUGGCGACGGCAUUGUCAUCAAAUCUGCGAUACCGGAAUUGGGUGAGAUACACUUCUCCUCCAAUGAUCUCCAGGCUCUCGAAGAAAGCUUGGUGCUUUCGCACAACGACCUCGAACCACGAAACCUGCUUGUAAAGAAAGCAGAGAGCAAAGACGGCCCACAGUACGAACUUGCUGCCAUCAUUGAUUGGGAGAUGGCAGGCUUCUUUCCUUCCGCCUUCGAAACAGCAGUCAAAGACAUCUCGUUGGGCAGCUGCAACCAGUAUUUGGACUACUAUCUUAUGUUCAAAGAAAAGACGCGCGUUAUGCUAUCUAGUGAAGAGUCUUCCGAGAAGCUGGUUGAAGCUGUUCGUCUCAUCGAUGAGUCGCGGUCAAUGCAGAUGAAAAGAAAUGUUGGUGCGGAGAUUCGAAGGCGUUGGAUUUCUAGAAAGGGUCUGGAAAUGAGUGAUGACGCGUUAGAAGGAUGGAUUUUGAAGACUGCAGAAGAUGGUACAAAGCAUGAGCUGCGUCCUUGCUCGAAGGCGGAUAAUGAUGAGCUAGAGAAGCAGGUACUCAAAGAUUUUGGAAUGUUGUAG